AUGGCCUACCAUGGGCGCAUGCUGGGAAUCCCUGUGAAGUGCAUCAUGCCAACGAUUGCGCCUCUGACCAAGGUCAAGGGGUGCCAAGAGCUCGGGGGCGACUUGGUAUACAUCAACGGGUUCGACCACCCGAACAGUAUUGCCGGCGCCGGGACGAUGGGGAUCGAGAUCUUGAACCAGGUGCACAAGGCCGACGUGAUCAUCGUUCCCGUCGGUGGCGGGGGCCUCAUUGCCGGCACUGCCCUUGCCGUCAAGACGCUCAACUCUUCGAUUCAAGUCAUUGUACGUUUAGCAGACACACACGCGCCUUCCGAACGCAGCUCAGUCGUCGUGGUAAGGUGUGGAACCUGA